GCAUCUAUCGACAGCUAUCUUUCAAAAGUUUCGGCGUACAAGCAGCUCCAACUGAUCGAUGUAGGAAGAUUUCCCAAAAAAUUUCCAAAGUGCACUCAGCAUGCACCGAAACGACCGACGGCGCAAUUUUAUGGACGAGUUCCGCGACAUCCUACGCGAGAUCGAUCGUUUGAAGCCCGAGCCCGAGAUAUGCAACGUGAGCUGUCCUCCUCUGGGAUGUCCUCGGGGACCUUGUCCCGGAGUGUGCUGCCGCGGGGAGACCUGCGAUCCCUGCUGCGUGUCGUGGAUGCCGCAUGACCAAUCAUCUUGUUGCCGGAUGCCACGUUGUUUAAGGAAUCACGCACCUAGUGCGCCCGGCUCGUCCUUCCGCGGCUAUUAAGUCCAUUCUGCAGUUGCGUAAGCGUGGUUGUAAAUUGUAGAUAAUUACGACAACCUGAAUAAAGCAUUCAGUAAAUAAAAUACUCUAAUUGGUCGAUUCUUACGUUCACGAU